GGUGGUACGUCCGCGGUGGAAUGUCAUCAACGCGACUGGCGAGCGGAUUAACACAAACCUCGCCAAAUGAGUUUAUUUCUCAGUGAAAUAAAAUAGAAGCGGGCGCGUAGUCCAUAUGAAAGCAACGUACAAUCCCUCACUGCAGUUAUCUUGGAUCUGAGAAAUUCAUAAAUUUUUUUCAGGGCAUGGAUUCUUCGCGGAAGCCGGUGAAGGAGAAUCCACGUGCGGGUGCUUCAAUCUUCUCCCAGUUGUUCUUCACGUGGACCAUUCCGGUGCUUUUUCAAGCCUCACGGCAGGGACUCUCCACGGAUGAUCUCACAGAAUGCCUGAAAAAGGAUCAAUCGGAGAGAUUGGGAGACAAGCUUGAGCAGGAAUGGGAGAGGGAAUGUCAGAAGGCAGUGCAGGAGAAUAGAAAACCAAAUUUGAGAUCAGCAAUUAUUCGUCUCUACUUCUCACCGUGUGCCUUUGAUGGAUUCCUCCUUUUCCUCUUCACAAUCAUCAAGUCCUGCUUACCCGUGGUCCUGGCACAAUUUCUCCUGCAAUUCCAACGUCCACCAACGACGGAAUUCCUCGUGGGAUUGUCCCCGAGUGAUCAGCUCAAUAGAACAGUCCGGUCAAUUGCUCAAAACACCUCAGAAAAUACUCUCUUCAAUCCCCCACCGGAAGUGAGCAUUGAGGGAGAUUCCUCAGACAUCCCAAUGUCCACAAAAUCCCAAUGGACGUCUGCAGUGUGGAAUGAUGCCUACUGCCUUGCAGCUGGUGUUGUUAGCUUGACCUUCGUGGCUUGCGUGAUCAGUCAUCAUGCGGAUUUGCGCCUGAGGAUGCUGGGAGCGAGGCUACGUAUUGCCUGCUGUGCCCUCAUCUACCGGAAAACACUGCGAGUAUCCAAGAAAGCUGCUGGACAGACCUCCACGGGCUACUUGGUUAAUCUUCUCUCCAAUGACGUGAGCCGCUUGGAUUUUGUCUUUCAAUUCAUGCACUACGUUUGGAUACUUCCCUUCCAGUCCGUUCUUAUAAGUUACCUCAUCUGGCGUCAAGUAGGCCUGGCAUCCCUGGUGGGUGUUAUAGGUCUCCUUUUGAAGACAAUUCCCGUACAGACGGGCCUCAGUCGCCUCUCAUCCAUUCUCCGUGACAAAGUUGCCAAGAGAACCGAUCAUCGAGUGGGGAUUAUGAAUGAACUCAUCCAGGGAAUUAAGCUAAUUAAAACCUACGCCUGGGAGAUUCCCUUCCAGGCAAUAGUCGCAGAAGCGAGACGACGGGAAGUGAAGCAAAUCCGUUGGGCUUCGUACAUUCGUGGAAUUUACCUCAGUACCAUGGUCUUCACGGAGAGAUCCACUCUCUUCAUCACAAUUGCCGCCUGCAUCUACCUUGGCUAUCCCAUCACAGCUGAUGUUGUCUUCUCCAUGGCGCAAUUCUUCAACAUUCUCCAGCUGACGGCUGCAAUCUUCUACCCAUUGGCGCUAAGCUUGUGGGCCGAAGCGAGUGUCUCAGUGGUGAGAAUUGGGGAUUAUUUGCAAUUUGAGGAGCAGGAAGAAGUUGUCCCGGGGCUGAAGCACAGAGAUGAGGCAAAAGGCGCCGAGGUGACCGUUGAACUCAAUCAGCUUUCAGCGACGUGGGAAGAGUCGGCGAGAACACUGCAGGAUGUGAAUUUUAGCGUUAAACCCGGACAAUUGUGUGCUAUUAUUGGCCCAGUGGGAUCUGGGAAGAGUAGCCUGUUGCAGCUUCUCCUAGGCGAGAUGCCCAUUCACACAGGAACAGCCACUCUCAAUGGAACUGUGUCCUACGCAUCGCAGGAACCGUGGCUCUUUGCGGGAUCUGUGCGGCACAACAUCCUCUUUGGCCAGACGUAUGAUCGUCGUAGGUAUCAAGAGGUUGUCCGGCACUGUGCGCUCGUGACGGAUUUCGAGCAACUACCGCAUGGCGAUCAAACGAUGGUGGGCGAAAGAGGUGCCGCACUGUCUGGUGGACAGAAGGCGCGAAUAAGUCUCGCACGAUGUGUGUAUCGUGAAGCAUCGAUCUACCUACUUGAUGAUCCAUUGAGCGCCGUUGACGCCCACGUGGGCCGACAUCUCUUCGACGAAGUAAUCGGCCCAGACGGAUGCCUUGCGCGCACCAAGAGCACGCGCAUUCUCGUCACACAUCAGGUGCACUACCUCAAAGCAGCUGAUUGGAUCAUAAUCAUUGAGAAUGGGAAGAUUUCGCGGCAGGGAAACUACGCUGAUCUCUCAAAUAGCAACUUGGACUUUGCUCAAUUGCUGCAGAAGGAAGAGCGUUCGCCGGAGAAGUCGCUUGACCUGUCACAAACAUCCCUUGAGCCCGAUAGUGAUGAUGAAGAUAUUCCCUUUAUUGAUGGAUACAUUGGACCCAAAAGAUCUUCUUCGGAAUCUUCCAAGCAGAGCAAAUUGAGCUCAACAGACGCUGAUGAGGAUGAAGAGAGAGAAGAUAAAGAAGAUCAAGCUGAAGGGAAUGUUUCCUUUUCCGUGUGGAAGCGAUAUUUCUUUGCCGGCAGCAAUUGCUGUGGAUUGUUGAUUCUGGUCACUGUCUUUAUCUCUUCUCAAGUUAUCACGAGUGGAUCGGAUUAUUUUGUCAACUUUUGGACUCAACAAGAAUACUUGAGAAGCCUGGACCAUGAAACGCUGUUCACAACGGAAGAUUGCCUCAUCAUCUACGGACUAUUGAUCCUUGGAGUUAUUUGUAGUACAACAAUUCGUGGUUGGAUGUUCUUUAAUCUCUGCAUGAGAGCCUCAAAGCAGCUGCAUAAUAAAAUGUUCGGCAGUAUUCUCCAUUCAGCAAUGAUUUUCUUCGAUGCAAAUCCAUCCGGGAGGAUUCUAAAUCGCUUCUCACGGGACAUGGGAGCUAUUGAUGAGAUGCUCCCGAAGGCAAUGAUGGAUGCAAUUCAAGUUGGUUUAGUGAUGAUUGGCAUUUUGGCCAUGGUGAGCAUUGUUAAUCCCUUCCUCCUGGUUGCCCUCGCUAUUGCCGUUGUCCUCUUCUCCAUGGUACUCAAACUCUAUCUACCUGCAUCUCAGGAUCUCAAGCGUCUCGAAGGAAUUUGUCGUAGUCCAAUCUUUUCGUACGUCUCUGCAAGUCUUGCGGGUUUGUCGACAAUUCGCUCGUCACGAAUACAAAAUAGAAUCUCCAGCGAAUUCGACAGCCUUCAGGAUGUUCACAGUGGUGUGUGGCAGGUGACGUACACCACAAACACUGCCCUCGGACUAUGGCUCGAUUGCAUCAGCACUGCCUUUGUGGCGGCUGUAACGUUCAGUUUCCUCGCCUUGCAUGAAACCUUCAGUGGGAACGUUGGCCUGGCCGUAUCGCAGGCUCUCAUUCUCACAGGGAUGGUUCAGUAUGGCAUACGCCAGACUACGGAGUCUCUGCAGCAGAUGACAAGUGUUGAGCGUGUCCUUCACUACACUGAUCUCCCGCCAGAGAGAUCCCCCGAAAGGAAGGCACCGGAGAAAUGGCCAACAAAUGGGGUGAUUGAAUUCAAGCAAAUGUCCCUGAUUUACAAUCAAUUCGAAGGGGCUGUACUGCGAAAUCUCAAUUUAACCAUUGAAGCUGCCUGGAAGGUCGGCAUUGUGGGACGUACGGGUGCGGGGAAAUCCUCCCUCAUAAGCGCCCUUUUCCGCCUCUAUGAAAUUCAAGGAGAAAUCCUUAUCGAUGGCAUUGAUACGGGAACAAUCGCUCUUGAUCAAUUGCGUUCGUUCAUCUCCAUCAUCCCACAGGAUCCGGUUCUCUUUUCAGCCACAAUUCGCUACAAUUUGGAUCCUUUUCACGCCUUCAGCGAUGCACAGAUCUACCGGGUGCUGGAGGAUGUGGAGCUGAAGCAUGUGGCUGAAAAUCUCGAUUAUAUGGUGCUGGAAGGAGGGACGAAUUUCAGUGUAGGUCAAAGGCAAUUAAUCUGCCUUGCUCGAGCCAUUCUACGCAACAAUAAAAUCCUCGUACUUGAUGAGGCUACGGCAAAUGUUGAUCCACAAACUGAUGCCCUUAUUCAGAGAACAAUCCGGGAAAAAUUCCGGCACUGCACAGUCCUCACUGUAGCCCAUCGAUUGAUCACAGUGAUGGAUUCUGAUCGAAUAAUUGUAAUGGAAGCAGGAGAAGCACGAGAAUUUGACGUACCGCACCUCCUUUUGCAGAACGAACAGGGACUUUUGCGUGAUAUGGUUGAAGCUACUGGACCAAGAGAGUCCCAAACACUUAAGAAAAUCGCAUCAGAUACUUAUCAGCGACAAAAUGAGAAGUAAUUUUUCUCAGGAUUUACCCCAAAAAAAAAACAAAGUUCUUAUGAGAUAUUUUUGUAGUUUAGGAUUAGAAGAUUAAUGUAUACCACCUCUUUAAAAAAAAACCCUCGAAGUUAACCCACUUACUUAACUUUUAAAAAAAAGCAUUAAGAAAGCAUUUUUUAUGCUACAUCAGAGUGCCUUUAGAUACUUUUUUUGUGUGGAGAGAAGAGUUUUUUACAAAAAAUUAUAUAAGCGGCCUGUUUAUUAUACACAUUAAAUGAAAUACAGGGAAAUGAAAAAA